AUGGUUGCCAUCGACCGUGCCGUUAGCCGUCGACGCCGGCCGUACGAAGAUAUCCCUCUAGUCCCCAUUAUCCCUGCCAAUCGCCCUCCCGCUCCCUCGAUCCGCGCCCCCGAUCCCUCCUACCAGCCUCCGCCGCGAUCUCGAGAGUUCAACCCGCCGUGCGCGCCCUCGCGAAACCGAGGACCUCUGCUAUCGAUCCGCACGCACGUUCGUCGGCCGGUUGCGUCUCCGUGGAAUCCUAUCAACCACGUUCCUCGUACCACCGUUAUCCCGGCUCCCCGCCCCAUACCCCUUUCCAACCCAGCCCCAUUCGCCGAGUCUUCGCGAGACGUGCACCCAUUGUUGACAAUUCCAGAACGCCGCCGGAGCCGACAGCAACCAAGCCCAUCGAGCUUGUUCGUCGAACGUAGCGCCGGCGAGACGGAAAGUGGCCGUACCAGCAUCGCCAUCCCCCGCCAACACCGCUCGAGCGGUACUUGGGACGAGAUCGAUAUGGGAGACCACAGACAGGAGGCUGGGGAAAAUCGAUUCAAUCCAUUGGGACCCAGCCCGCGCUUCCUUUCAGAUCCACACCAUGAUCCUGCUCGCCGUAUAAAUUCUCGUCAUUCCGCCAUUUCACACACAUUUGCUUCAUUCCCAUCUGCCAAUGGCAACGCGUCCACGCAAGACGGCUCAGGCGAAGACGGAGCCGCCGACCCCGCUGAAGAGCUGACCUGGGGCCCCGCGCACCCGUGCUUUCCUCACAUGAACCCCCACGUGCCGCUCCAUUCCGCAGAAUAUCAGAAUACCCGGGUAAUCCGCAUAAGGCGCGACUGGAUGCUCAAAGGUGAUCUGGCACCGACGUUCUCGAACCUCUACCCCGAGAUUCUCGACCCCCUGCUUCCCGAGUCGGAGUUUCGGAAAAUCAUCGCCAAAGUCAAUAGGGAAAUGGUCGAUAUUUAUAAUCCGUUCAGCCUUCAGAACUGGGUCGACGCCACAAUAGGCUUCCUAACAGGGUGGAUAUGGGACGAUAUAGGAGCCAGUCGUGUCAAGUCCCGGCUAAGAGCCGUUGAGGCAUGGAUAGACCGAUGGAAUCGGGAGGUUGGUGUCGCAGAAGGUGUAAAGGUAUGGCCCCUUCGCUCGACGGGGUACUUGUCACUCGAUAUACAAAUACCAGAUCCCAAAGUCGGCCUGAUUGGAAGCGAUUCGGCAUCUAUCCACGGCGAAGUGCCCAAUAUACAUGGCGCGAGAAUAGAUGCGCCUGAGAUGGUGCAAAUUACGGGUCCAGGGGACUGA